AUGACGAGGUUACUAAUAUUUUCGCUACUGAUAGCGCCGGCGUACUGCUGUAUUGGUGGAGGAGGAGGAGGACAACAAUGUUGCCCACCUAGUCAGCCAGCCUGUGGGGCUCCACCUUGCCCUGCGGCUGCUCCUGUAGCCGCUGCUCCGGCUUGUGGAGGAGGAGGAUCAUCCUGUGGUGGAGGUUCUUCUUAUGGUUCUUCGUAUGCUGCACCAGCUGCGUCCUACCCUAGAGCUCCAGCUGGUUACGCAGCCGCUCCCCCACCUCCUCCAGCUUCGUAUGGAGGAUCUUCUUACAGUGGUGGUGGUGGAGGAGGCUACUCUGCCCCUAUUGGUGGUGGUGGAGGUUAUUCUGGUCCCAUUGGAGGUGGCGGAGGCGGCUAUUCUGGUCCCGUUGGUGGUGGUUAUGGUGGUGCUGCUCCACAGAUCCCAGGCCCUACACAAGGCGGUGGCCAGUACUCCGACAUUGGUGUUCAAGGUGGAAGUAGCUAUGGUCAGGGCGCACCUGCUCCUGGUUUUGAUCAAGGACCUGCCCCUGGUUUCGAUCAGGGACCUGCACCUGGCGGAACGUACAAUCAGGGCCAACAAGUUGAUGGUCAGAUAGGCGAGGUCACUGGAGGCGGUGAUCAAGCUGUCGGUGAAGCACAACAGAUUGGACAAGCUGUUGAGCAGCAGGGAGGAGGAAGUUAUCAACAGACGGCGAACGUAGGACCCACCUUGGUCCAGCCUGCUCCACAACCUGAGCCUCAGCAAUUUACAUCGCCAGAAUCUGCUCCACUAGAACAAGCUCCGCAAGAACAAGCUCCUCAGGAACAAGCUCCACAAGAACAAGCUCCUCAAGAGCAAAUUUCACAACAACCCGCUCCACAGGAACCUGCUCCACAAGAAGCUGCACCAGAAGAACCUGCUCCAUUCGUAGCUCCAAGCCCUUCAGGCACAUACGUCAACACCGGCAACACUAAUGACAUUCAGGUUGCACCUACGCCCGUUGAUCAAGGGCCCCCACCUCCCCCACCUGCGCCUGUAGACCAGGGGCCCCCACCUCCCCCACCUGCACCGGUCGACCAAGGGCCUCCACCUGCGCUUGUUGAUCAGGGUCAAGAAACCCUAGAGACCGCUGAAGGAACAGAAUACGAAUAUGAAGAGGUUGAAGAGCCAGUGAAUGAGCCUGAACAACCUAUUGCACCUCCACAGCCGGCUCCACCUCCAUACGUGCCACCAGCGCAGACUCCAGCACCAUAUGUGCCUCCAGUCCAGACUCCCGCACCAUAUGUGCCACCGGUUCAGACUCCAGCUCCCUAUGUGCCACCAGUCCAAACUCCAGCUCCCUAUGUGCCACCAGUCCAGACUCCAGCUCCCUAUGUGCCACCAGUCCAGACUCCAGCACCUUAUGUCCCACCUGCCCAAACUUACGACAGGCAACCUGUGGAAACACCAGCGCCAUACCAGCCUCCAGUUCAAACACCAGCACCAUAUCAGCCUCUACCUCCAGUACAGCCGCCAGCAACCCAGCCUACACCUUAUGUGCCUCCGGCACGAACUUCUUCUCCUCAGAUAGGAGGCUACACUCCAGCUCCUGAAACUUAUGUUGAAGAAGAGGUUGAGGAAGGUACUGAUGAAGGUGGAGCUAACUACGAUGAUAGUAACAACAAUCAGGUUGACCAAACCAAGCCAUACAGCCAUAAGGCCAAGACGGUUUAG